CGCUGUAUUUUCUAACAAGUCAGUGACUUGGUGGGAAACUCAUGUCAAUGCUGCCUGUUGUGCGGGAAAUUGUGGGGUUUUUUUCACGAUUGCCCUCUUGGCUGCAGGCGAGGCUCACUUGGCUGCAUUAUAUCAAAUGCACCUGUUACCCUGCAAUCAGCGUUGCUCUGAUGAUUUGUCAGCGUUUCUGCAAACACUACAUGGACACUAUUUUUUAAUUUGCAUUGAUUAAAAAAAUAUGUUCUACCCGCCAAAUAUCAUGGCAUCAAGGAGGAGACGACAGCACUCACUUCCAGGUCACAGUUACAGACAUGCUACCAACAACGUGGACCAGCUUGCUUUAAAAUACAUGAUGUGCAAAGUGGAGUCCAGCACAGACUCGGAGUCAGAGAUCAGUCCACGGUGGUCGGACACCAGCACUAUGGGGUGUAUGAGCAGUACACCAGAAAGUGGAUCUUGUCAAAGGAGGUUGCCACACAAGCCGGUGGGACGGCAUCCAUGUUAUUCUCUGUUUUUGGACCCCUACGAUGGCAGCUCUGAGGACUCUGAUGAGUCAGGUGUCGCUGCAGGCGUCCCCAGCAGGCGACUGAGGCAGCAGGCCGCAGGAGGCUCUCGGCUCUCCGGCCGGAGCAGGCGAUUCAUCCUUCACCACACUGCCUCCAGCGCCCUCAGGGAAGUGGGGAAAAAUGGAGUCAGAGAUCCUGUGUCAGAGCAUCAACAUCUUACAGACAUUAAGAUGAAAUCUGGGAGUGAGUCUGAGCUGUGGGCCCAUGAGCUAGACACUGUGUCCUCCCCUCAUGACAGAGGUGGUUGUAAAGUUUCUGUGGGGGACAUGUUGGUUGAUUCAGAAACUCAGGCCCAGUCUGUGGAUCCGGAAGGACAGCUCGAUGAUUCAGGAGUACACACUACCAGAUCCUCCACACCUCACACACCUGGAUCUCUUACCCCUGUAGGAGAGAACCUAUCCCAGCUGCUGGAUAGCUCCUCUGAACGAUCCCAUAGCCCUUGUCACCUUAGAUCUCUGUACAAGAGGAAGCUGGGCCUCUCCACAGUAGAAGUGAUGGAGUUGGGGCAAAAGAAGAGGCGGUGUGUCACCAACAUGGAGGAAGAGCAAGAGGGAGGGGACUCUGCUUCUGAAGUGUAUUAAAGCCACAUCCUCAACACAUGGAGCCUGCAUUUAUAAAGCCUUUCAGAGCAGGAGCAGUGAAUAUUUAAAGUUCACCCAUAGGUCUUAGCUCUCCCUACAAUGAUGAGAGAGGAAAACACCCUCUCUAAAUCUGCACUUCUCUGAAAUACUAAUUGAACACUCCAGCUAGUCUGGAUGCUUGGGACUGCUGUUGUGAUGCAUCGGCACUAUUGAACUGCAGUCAUAUUAUUAUGCACUGAAUGAUUCACAGAUGAAAUGAGGUACUGUAUGGUAAUUAUUUGUCAGUGUGGGCAAUGCACUUUGUUUACUCAUCACUUUGGUUGUUAAGGAUGAAGGCGCUGUUCCCCUCGUCUGGAUUUUUUUGAUGGUGAAUGAUUAUUUAUGUUAAUAUGUCACAGUUGAUGGAAAUAAAUAAACCCCAGAAGCAUACGCUACACCACCACAAUUUAUUUCAUCAGAACUUAGAAAAGAAAAAAAUGUAUCUGCCUUUCACUCCAGACAGCAGAUGGCAGAAAAAAUUAUUAACUGAUAAUGUUAAAAAUGCAGAUUUGGAUAAAAAUAAAAUCUGUCUAUUAAUUCUUGUCUUUU